CGUGCUCAGGCCCUCAUCACUGCCCGCCCCCCGCCCCCUUCUGCCGUCAGACAGCUUCUCCAGGUCCAGGGGCAAAAUCCAGCGUGUCUGGUCACCGAGACCCACCUGCGUGCUCCUCAGAGCAGGGACCCGGUCUUCUUACUGUGUUAGGGACUGACACGUACUGCUUUACAAAGCAGGUAGAUGCACCUAUUUCGUUUGGUGUUCACAUCAACACCCUGUGGCAGGAAUUUAAUUCUCUCCGUUUACACACGAAGAGCUGGGGUCAGAAUCAUGCCCCUUGCCACACGCAGCCGUCCAGGUGCUAACCUUGAAGGUACACAGCGCGUGCUCUAAGGAACCACCAUCCGGCGCCGCGAGCCCACAGCAGGCAAGGAGCGCACUUCGGGCAUGCGCAGCCCACCCGCGCGUGGAGGCCGUGCAACGCGCGCCACGGUCUGUCUCCCGAGCGCUCCGACUACAAGCCCCAGGAUGCACCGCACACGGCGACCUUGCAGAGCCCUUUUCAAACCGGCCAAUCGCAGCCCGCGCCGCGCCCGCCGCGCCCCGUUUAAAUUUGGGGCAGAAGCUCGCAGGCUGGGCCGUGGUAACCGCUAGGGUGACUUCCUGAUAGCUCCCGGCAUGGAAGGAGGAGACGGCAGCGACGGCAGCCAGGCAGGAGAAGCAGAGACGAAUGUCCCCAAGAAGGAGGACGUUGUUCUUUUGGCCGAAGAAAAAUUUGACUUCGAUCUUUCAUUGUCUUCUUUAAGUGCAAAUGAAGAUGAUGAAGUCUUUUUUGGACCUGUUGGGCAUAAAGAAAGAUGCGUUGCUACCAGCUUAGAAUUAAAUAAUCAGAUUCCUGCAGAACCUCUUUUGCCAGCCUCAGAAUGUCACUUCCGUUGGAGCCCUCUCACUGGGGAGAAGUUUGUGGAAGUUUAUAAAGAAGCUCACUUGCUGGCCUUACAGAUACAAAGCAACAGCAGAAACAAGGAGGCCCAAGCUGCCGGGCCUGAAGGAGCUCGGAGCCCGGGCGUGGAGAGAUUCAUACAGGAUUCAAAAUUAAAAAUGAACCUGUUUGACAAAGAGAAUGAAAUGAAGAAAAGCCCCAGGUCACUUAAAAGGGAGACAUUCUGCCUGUCGGACAGCCCUUUGGGACCGCCGCCCUCGGAAAUCCAGCUCCCCUUGGGCAUGGGCCUGCAGGGGGCUCCUGCCCUGCCCAGCCACCCCCAGACGCAGAGGCCUCCGCUCUCUUCUUCGUCUUUGCCGGGGGAACCCAGUUCUGCUCACCUUUCAGGCCAGUCGGUGACUCAGAAAAAGGUCAUCAGCAAGUUGCUGCCGCCGCGAGCUUCGUCGGUUGGAGGGAAAAGCAUGCGCUUGGCGGUGGACAAGCCUACGAAAGAGAAACCAGCUAGUCCUUCCAGGGUGAAAAUCCUAAAUGAAAAGGAAUUCCACAGGGAAAUGGCCCCUGACAAGCCCAGCGCUGCCCGGGAUGUCACCAGCUUGCCAGCCAGUGGCAGCCACUUGGUCCAAGGCAAGAGAUCGCUCCCUGUUCCAAACAAGUUGGGGCUGAAGAAAACCCUGCUAAAACCACCUGGUUGUGCUGGCAGUCUUACAAGGAAGUCCUCUUCCUGGGGGUCUGUUUCCGGCGUGACCUCCGGUGUGUCCGCUUCUCCGGCAGCCGCAGGCAGAGCUAAAUCAGGUGAACGUCCGAGCUUUCCUGCAGAUGGUUCCCGGCCUCUGUCGAACACCAGCCAGUCGGGCAGAACGGGACCGGCCAUGCUGCGGCCGGCUUCACACCCCGGCCCUGCGGCUGUGUGCAGGCAGAACCAGAGGGCGGUGCCUGCUGAGCUGACCACGGAGCGAGCCACAGCGCCCAGCACCUCGGCUCUGCCCCAACCCCAGACUCCAGACCAGGGAGGCCUGAGGCUGAACCCUCACCUGAAUACAACUGGGAGUUCAAGAAGGCGAGAUUCUUCUCUGAAUUCCAAGACAAAGGUUAUGCCCACCCCUACAACUCAAUUUAAAAUUCCUAGGUUUGCUACUGGUGAACCCCCAGGCAGCUCGACACCCAGGUUCUCUCGGGCACAGAGGCUGCAGUCCUGCACGUCGGUGGAGAGGGCGGCCGUCCACAACACUCCUGCUCGCCGCUCCUCAGGGCCGGCCUCACAGGGCCUUUUCGGUGCUGCCAGGAUGUCGGCCUUGCCCACACCUGCUGGCCGUCGGCUCUCUGGUCUUCCUCUGAUGACCCCUAAAACCCUGCCCAGGCCUCUGGCUUCUCCCCUGUGCGUGUCUGCUCGGCAACUGUCUUCUGAGCCCCGGAAAAAAUCUACAGUGAGAACUGCGCCUGUGACCGGGAGCAACAGCAAGGCCGCUUCUAGAUGUUCGGACUUGUCAGAUGGGGAUUUUUCUCCUCCAUCUGCUGUGCCGCAGGCUCUCAACUUUUCUCCAGAAAAGAGUGAUUUUACUGUUUCACAAAGUAUCGCCACAGAAGUAACACUUGACGAAGCACAGCCCCCUGAAGAUACAUCCCCCAGCGAGGCUAUUCUUGUGGAUAUCACACUGGACCAGCUUACCGUUACCCCGAAAGCUGGAAGCGUACCUGUCGUAGACCCGCCUCUCAUUGACCUUGGCAGUACUCCAGAAGCAAACCUGGCCUGGGGAGCUCGCGGGAGGCCUCUGAUAGACCUCCUGAUCAACACUCCCGACACGGACAGAAACUCUGCAUCUAAGCCUCUGCACGAGGUGGGACAGCUGAUAGACUUGUGUUCUCCACUGAUCCAGCUGAGUCCGGAGGCCGACAAAGAAAACGUGGAUUCACCACUUCUCAGAUUCUGAAUAGAAUGAAAUUUUUCCAUUUUACUCUUUGUGGUAAGAACAGUCAGUCCUAAAGUAGUUUCAACUCUUAGAAAUAAACUUUAGGAGAAAUUGUAUUGGGGGAAAAACGUGUUUUAAACCUAAAUGAAAUUGCUGUACCCGGAGGGGUCUGUGGGGUUGGGGCGUGUUUGUGCCCACCUGUCCUCACUGCCCCACACUGCACUGGCGUACGAAGCCCAAGUCCUCCAACUGAAGACUUGAUUUUGAUGUUUUUGUGUGUAAAAUAGCAAGUGACUAUUUUAAAAACUGAGUUUGUAUGAAAAGUGUUCUAGAUUUAUGUUGAAUUAAAAUAAGUGAAA